UAUUAUGCAUAUCGCGAUAUCGAUCAUGAUCGAUCUUGCAUGUGAAAUUACCAAUUUUAAAGUCAACUUCGCCACGUACAGGAUCAUCAGUUCACCAGUUAUGUUUCAUAACUUGUUAAACCAAGUGCUCCAUGUUGGUCGAGGAAGUACUAGUUGCAGAUGCUUCUGCCAUUGAUGAUCCGGUACCAGCAAAGAGUUAUCACUGGUCCUCAACACAAUGCAGCGGGUGUCUUGUAAGAUCCUGGCUGUAUCGGUCAUCUUGUUCGGAAUCUCCCUCUUUUACCUGACCAGGAAACAGAUGUCAUCUUCAGAUGCGGUCGUGUCUCAGGAUUAUGAUUACAUCCAUAUUAGUCACAAAGAUAUGACGUGGAAGAGCGAUGAUGAUGAUGUAUCCGAGGUCCAGCAGAAUGAUGAUUACUAUGGUGUUAUGUUUGAUGCAGGCAGUACUGGUUCCAGGGUCCAUGUCUUCCAUUUCCAAGAAACUCCCCAAGGUAUUCCACCAAUCCUGAUAUCAGAAGUUUUCAACUUCACAAACCUUCCUCUUGCACAGUAUGCAGAUAAUCCAUCCGAGGGAGCAGCCUCCCUGAAAGUACUUUUGAAUGUAGCAUUGCAAUCAAUUCCAUCCAGCCAUUGGUCAACGACCCCAGUGGCCUUGAAAGCUACUGCUGGUCUUAGACUUAUACCAGAGAAGAAGGCGAAAGCUCUCCUAGAUGAAGUAUAUUCACUGUUCAAGAGCUCUUUGCUUCAUGUUGAAACUCCUGAAGCCACUGUUGACAUUAUGAAUGGAACAGACGAGGGCAUUUUCAUGUGGGUCACAGUCAAUUUUCUUAAUGGAGCUCUCAUAAGCUCAACUCCAGAAACAAGAGGUACACUGGACAUGGGAGGAGGGUCAACUCAGGUCACCUUCUUACCUCAAAUUGAAGAAACAUUGUCUCAUCAUAUACAUGGAAAUUACAUCAAGACGUACCCAUUCCUUCAUCAUAACUACAAGCUCUACACAAAAAGUUUUCUAGGUCUUGGACUUAAAGCUGCUAGACUGGAAAUAUUAAAGCGAGAGAAAGAAAACCCAAUCUUUGUUGGAUCAAGUGAUAUCGAUCAGCUCUCGGCAGGUCCAGAAGAGUUUGCCAGUACGUGUCUUCCUCCAUUCACUUCAGGUACAUGGGACUUUGGAGGCAAUACGUACUCUGUAUCAUCAUCAAAUUUACAUUCUGAAAAUAUGUAUGCAAACUGCUUGAGUGUGGUUAAAGCCUUUAUAGAAGAUACUGUCAUAGUGCCAUCAGAAAUGCAGGAAAGCUCUUCUUUUUAUGCCUUGUCUUACUUCUGGGAAAGAGCUGCAGAGAUUAAAAAAGUUGAUUGGAAGAAAGGAGGAAUGAUGUUAGUAAAAGACUAUAGGGAAGCUGCAAUAAAUGUGUGUUUCAACCAUACAAUGUAUGCUGACAAGCCAUUUCAUUGUAUGGAUCUUGUAUACCUCAGCUCGGUUUUAUCACAUGGAUAUAGAUUCAGAGAUGAUGUCAAGUUACUGAUGACAAAUACAAUUGAUGACUUUAAUGUCAGCUGGGCCCUUGGUGCAACCCUAGAGCUAUUGAGAACACAUUGGGAAAAUAUGAAGAAAUUAUGAUACAGAGACUAUCCUCUGCUCUUUAUCUCUAUCUCUCUUCCUAUGCACCUGCUAUGGUACACACACCCCCCUUCUCUCUCUCUCUCUCUCUCUCUCUCUCUCUCUCUCUCUCUCUCUCUCUCUCUCUCUCUCUAUCUAUCUCUCCUGGAGCAGACAUGAGAGAAUGUAUCCAUACAAGUUCUCCUUAAAAUACAAGAACAUUCAACUGGAUGACCAUUCUGAUUUUUGUGCAAUUCUUUGAAAUUGC